GAAACGCGGGAGGGCAUCGACGGCGGCGGCACCGACGGGAGGGGCCUCCGCACGGCGACGGCGACGCGGGAGGGUCGGAGGAGGCGGACUGGUGGUGGCCUCUCGGACACUUCCUGCGACGGAGCGGAUCGUGCAAGGAGAUGCAGGUUUCAGCUUUAGGAUCCCAGAAUUUCAGCCCAGCUCGGUCAGCUACAUCCUUGCUGAGUGGACGAGUGGUGACUGGUGAGUCCGGCUUCAUGAUGAAUCCUGGAUGCCUCAUCUCCUGGUUUUGGGCCCAAUCCCGCAGGCGAAAAUUAGGGUGAUUGAGCAAUCGGUUUUUAAGGAGCUAGGGUGGUCGCGAACUCGCGAUCUGAAACCAACAUAGUUUUCAUCGCGUAUCAGGUAAGCCAAGCACAUCUAUAAUUAAUUUCAUACAUACAUAGAUAUGGCGUGAAAUGAGUGUCAGGCAACCAUUCGUACGACUCUGACAUGAUUGGCAACAGAUGCAAGAUGUUUAGUAAUAACGACAGAGAAGUGACUAAGGGUUUGUGCUUAUAAACUAUUCGGCAACAUUUGAGUGCACUGGGGGUUACUUGUGGGCCAUUGUCCAAAUCAGCUUACUUCCAGAAGAUUUCUUUGUCUUCCUUUUUCAAAGGGAUAGAAUCACUUUUCGUAUCAUGGCCUGUGCCAUGACUCAAUGACCUCAUAUGAACACACAUGUGAAUUGUGCUGGUUUUCUAAAGUGGUCUUCAUUACUGGGACACGGAGUUUUAUUCCAGAACUAUUCCAACUGUCGGUUUGCCACUUGUUUUAGAUAAUUAACCGGGCAGGGCACAAUGAAGUCUAUGGUGCUGUGGUUGAGUAGUUGCAGUCUGAAGUACAGUGAUGUACAUCAACAAAAGUGGUAUUGCAACGAAUCCAGAUCCUACUUCUGCAGACCAAUUUUCAGAAAAGCUAUCUGAAGGCAUGAUCAGGGGAGGGAACCUUUUGGACUAUGAAGCUAGUGUCUGUCCCAUUACUAGUUUAUCACGGUGCUCACAUCAUCUGAAACAUAUUUGGAAAGAUUUGUGGGGAGAGUUCUGCACUACUUUUGACCUAGAAUUCAAUUCAAAGAUGGUUAAAACAGUCACAAUUGUGUAUACUCAUGUAAGUUGAGAAAAAGGCUUGACUGGUGCCUUGCUGUUACUUUAGUCAUAAAAAAAAUUGAUUAAUGAACAUGGAAUUAACGUCAAUACAAACGCAAUCAGCUAUUUACACAAAGGCUUCAGACUAACCGUAGCUUUGUACAAUAAAAAAGCGGUCAAAAUGAGAAUAGAUAACCACUACAGGUGAACUUAUGACAGCAACUUUGGAUUGUUCAUGAGUGGUACCUUGCGUACUGUUUUCAAAAGGUCAUAGAUUUUCUAUCAGGUCUCACACCAACCACACACAGCAUGUAUCACAUUUCACUUGAUAUAUAUUAAUUUCAGAUAGUGAUCACUAGUGUUUUUUAUGAGAAUAGUGAUCAGUAGGAUUUGUUCUUUCUUGUUAGACCAUCCAAGCGUAUAUCUUGGUGUACUCAAGGGCUUAAAAAUGCAUAAUGCUAUCUGUCUUGUACUCUUUGAUUGAGCUUUGGAAACUUCUAAUGCAAGCAUAUGAGAAUGGUACAAGAUUACUAAGGUAAGAUAGUGCCUUGCAAAUAUCCAUGUAGAAGUUCAGUUCGGCAGUCUCUUUGGCUCAAAAUCAAGAACUCAAAGGAACUAUAUUAGCUACAAUACCAAUGGAAGUAUUGUGUGCUUCUACUCGUGUUUAUAGAAUGGCAUUGUUUACUUAUAGGUGUAUAUAUAGCGCCUUGCACAUUACUAGUAAAUCUCAUUACUAUCUCUAUGUUUUUUCUAAUGUGCUGCAAUCUAAAAUACAUAAAUCUGGAGUAGACAAAUCUAUAUGAUUUUCUAUAAUUUACUUAUACUAAUUCCACCAAUCUUAGGCCUCAAAAAGUAUAUGUGUCCUAUGCAAAUUUGCAAUUUUUCAUGCAACUACAAUGAAAGUGAGCACCAAACUAUAUUUAAAUUACAAACAAGGAAACUGAUUUAACCAAAAUUAUGAGAUUUGGGAAUCCCAGAAGCUAAGCUUGGAUCCUGUACAUUUCAGCAUGUACAUAUCUAGAAGUUUUAACCACUGACGAGACCUGAGAAUCUAAGAGAGGAGCCUUUUCAUGCUGGACUAAGAAGAUGUCCAUUCAUCUACCCAUGUGCAUCCUAUCAAAAGGCUACCUUACAGUUCAUCACAUAAAGGUUGUUUUUGGCAACUGGUCACAGCAGAGGCAGCAAACAGCAGUACAUUAGCACCAGUCAUCGUCAAACCAUACCUGUGAAGUUCUCUUUAUAUUAUGGAGCCUAAACAUUGAGGACAAUCUAUUUCUCCAGAAACAUGUAGAUGUGCAAAGUGAAAUGCGAUAAUCAAACCUGUCUUGAAGGUCUUCACUGCCGCAAGAAUAAAAGACAAUAAUAUGCUACUUGUGUCUUUCUUUUACCCUAAGAGACCUGAACAGGUGCAACCAUGCAUGUCACGUUGCAUACAUGUUGCCAUGUUGGUUGAGUUCAAAAGUCCAAAACACGGUUAUUAGAGUCAAGCGUAGAUUUAAAAUUCUGGAAGCAAGCAUGCACCACCAACUCCAGGUCAAGGUUAUCUGUGCAUAUAUGAGCUACAGGCUGUGCUUGUCUGCAGCACUAGACAAGGAGAAUAAAACUCAUCAUCUCCACUUCGCACCAGCCAAGGGCUCAGCGUUAAUUGCUGAGAAUCCAUUGGGAGCUCUGCAAUCGCAAGGUAAUUUGCUGUCACCAACGCGCAUCCUUGUUGAGAGGCCAUAUCGAUCAGUUUGAAGACGUUGCAAGAGGCCAGCCAUCAUGGCUAAGAGGGAUGACUACAUGGACAGCUCUUGCGGCUGCUCUAAUGGAACCCCUAAAAGGCUGGUGCAGGAUUGUAGCAGUUAUGCACAGGCACAUGCUAAGAAGAAGGUUCGCAUUAGCACAAGAACUGAGUACACAUACGCACCGUAUCAUGAUGGCUAUCAGUGGAGGAAAUACGGACAAAAGAUGAUCCGGGGCAAUGCAUACCCAAGGUGCUACUAUAGGUGCACAUACCAUCAGGAUCAUGGCUGCCCAGCAACCAAGCAUGUGGAGCAAACCAAUUCCCAGGAUCCACCAUUGUUCCGGGUAAUCUACACAAAUGAGCACACAUGUUGCAGCACCCAUGUCUCAGAUUACAUGGCUUCAUCUAUACACAUCCAACAGAUCGCCGAUGCUUCUUUGAGAAAGGUAGAGGUGGAAAUACCUAGCCUGACCCACUGUUUUGAUGGCCACGGAUUGAUAAAAGAAGAGAAUGAUGCCAUCAUCUCCUCGCUCACGGCCAUCAGUGAUUAUGAUGUUGCAACAUCAGAUGGUGGGCACGCAGCCGUUCAAGAGGACACACCUGCUCGGAUGUCCAGAAGCAGCAAUGAGGCUAGCCCUUCGAUUUCACCUGUACUGUUGCCGGCAUCCGAUAACCUGAAAACAGAUUUCAUUGAGCAACUGGAGCCUCAAUGGUUCGAGCCUUUGGAUUUGGGUUGGUUCAUAUAAUAAGCAGACUGGUUGAUCUAUCAUCUAUUACUAAACAGUAAACACAUCCAUAACCAUCCUGCGGUGUUUAGGACAUCUGGACAUGCACUGUCAGAAAAUAUGUACUGCUCUGUUUACUAUAGCUCUCUCUAUGUAUAUGUUUUAAUUAGUUUGAAGCCAUACAUAUUUACUGAUCUGGUAUAUCUUCAUUUUUGUGAAGUAACAUGUAAUGUACAAGCAGGUGUGCACAUUUUA